AUGUGGGGCGGGAGCGACCGCCCACCUGCCCAGAGGGCGGGAGCGGCCGCCCACCUGCCCAGAGGGCGGGAGCGGCCGCCCACCUGCCCAGAGGGCGGGAGCGGCCGCCCACCUGCCCGGAGGGCGGGAGCGGCCGCCCACCUGCCCAGAGGGCGGGCGCGGCCGCCCACCUGCCCAGAGGGCGGGAGCGGCCGCCCACCUGCCCGGAGGGCGGGAGCGGCCGCCCACCUGCCCGGAGGGCGGGAGCGGCCGCCCACCUGCCCGGAGGGCGGGAGCGGCCGCCCACCUGCCCAGAGGGCGGAAGCGGCCGCCCACCUGCCCAGAGGGCGGAAGCGGCCGCCCACCUGCCCAGAGGGCGGGAGCGGCCGCCCACCUGCCCAGAGGGCGGGAGCGGCCGCCCACCUGCCCAGAGGGCGGGAGCGGCCGCCCACCUGCCCAGAGGGCGGGAGCGGCCGCCCACCUGCCCAGAGGGCGGAAGCGGCCGCCCACCUGCCCAGAGGGCGGGAGCGGCCGCCCACCUGCCCAGAGGGCGGGAGCGGCCGCCCACCUGCCCAGAGGGCGGGAGCGGCCGCCCACCUGCCCGGAGGGCGGGAGCGGCCGCCCACCUGCCCGGAGGGCGGGAGCGGCCGCCCACCUGCCCGGAGGGCGGGAGUGGCCGCCCACCUGCCCAGAGGGCGGGAGUGGCCGCCCACCUGCCCAGAGGGCGGAGCCGGCCAGCACAGUAGCAGGUGCGCUUACAUCCAAUUUUCUGCCGAUCUAGCUCGGCUCUGGGUCCGGUCUAAUAGAGCGCUAAACCUCACCCUUGAUAUUCGGAUUAUAUUCCUGCGUUAUUCCGCUCUAAAAUGA